AUGGCAGCAGGAAAUCUUGCUGAGAUCGACGCCCAUGAGCAACCAUCUGACGAGAUGCGCGCUGAGUGGAAGGGCUAUAUGCGCCAAGAUCACAAAAGUCUGCUGAAUGACCCUCGGAUCGAUGACCCUCGUGCUCCUCUCCAAGAAUCCGGGUUUCGCCAAAUCUCAAGUGUUUCGAAAGAGCAGGUCGCAAAAGGCUUCGCUCGUCUGGACCCUAAUCUUACCUCACAAGCCGAAAAUGACAUUCCAAUCAUACAUCACCCAUUACUACCAGGAUUGUUGAUUUUGCCUGCUCUUUUGCCUCCAGCUGUGCAAAAUACGUUAUUAGAUCGUGUGGUCCAUCGCGACCUCAGCGUAAAAAACCACCAGACCAAUUUGCAUCUUCACUACAGCCUGCCGUACCCAGAAGGGGAAACCAAUUAUGAGCGAUCGUUCUUCUCUAUCGACCCAGAUACUCCGGCUUCCUUUCUCCCCAAAGAUCCUAGUGUUCAUAAGCCGUUGUCAAUCAAGCAGGUCAUGCAACGCAAGCUACACUGGGUCACGCUUGGAGGCCAGUAUGACUGGACUAACCGCGUGUAUCCUGAAGAACUGCCACCCGUGUUUCCAGACGACAUCUCUCGCUUGCUGGAGGACAUUUUCCCCGAAACAGUUGCCCAAGCAGCCAUUCUCAACUUCUACACACCAGGCGAUACCAUGAUGAUGCACCGCGAUGUUAGCGAAGAGACAGAUAAAGGCCUAAUUAGCAUAAGCUUUGGAUGUGAUGGCCUGUUCAUGAUAGCCCCCAACGACUUGAAGCCCGGAUCGGAUAGCAAGACAUCAGGCGAGAAGCAAUACUUGCUUUUGAGACUUAGGUCCGGCGAUGCCAUCUACAUGACGCAAGAGUCAAGAUACGCCUGGCACGGGGUGCCUAAAGUUCUCAAAGAUACAUGCCCAAGUUAUCUGGAAGACUGGCCGGCUCGUGAUGAUGGAAGAUUUGAGGAGUGGCAAGGCUGGAUGAAAAACAAAAGGAUUAACUUGAACGUCCGGCAAAUGCGAGACUGA